AUGGCAGAUGCGGCAAAUGGUGAAAAAAGACCCAGGCUGGGUGGUUCCAGGUUUGCUGUGGUUUCGCAGGCUGCGCCUAUCCCAGUUUUUGCAUUGACAGCAGCUUUCAAGGAAGAUAAAAACGCUACAAAGUAUAACUUGGGAGUUGGAGCCUACCGGACUGACGAUGGUGUACCCUGGGUCUUGCCCGUGGUCAAGGACAUUGAGAAGCAGAUGGCCGCAGACGAGAGUUUGAACCACGAGUACCUGCCGGUCCUAGGCAUACCGGAGUUCACCAGCGCGGCCACCAAGAUGCUGCUGGGAGAAAACAGUCCUGCUAUCCUGGAGAAUCGGGCUUUUGGCAUUCAGUCUCUGAGUGGUACCGGUGCCGUCCGACUAGGAUGCCAGUUUCUGAUAGAGCAGCUGAAAAUCAACGUGGCGUAUGUCUCGGACCCCACAUGGACCAACCACAUUAACAUCUUCAACAAGCUCAAGUUCUCGAGCAUUCACAAGUAUCGCUAUUGGAAUGCCCAGACCCGAUCCUUGGACAUAGACGGGAUGCUGGAGGACCUUGAGAAUGCUCCGGCGGAUUCCCUGAUUAUGCUGCACGCUUGCGCCCACAACCCAACUGGAGUCGACCCUACCCAAGAACAGUGGAAGAAGAUUGCUGAAGUGGUCAAGAGGAAGAACUUGUUUCCCUUCUUUGACUGUGCCUACAUCGGCUUCGCCACCGGAGACAUCGAGCGGGAUAGCUGGGCAGUCAAUUACUUCGUUAGUCAGGGCAUGGAGCUGAUGGCUGCCAUGUCAUUUGCCAAGAACUUUGGUCUUUACAAUGAGCGAGUCGGCAAUCUCGUUUGCGUCGUGAACAACACCGACACCAAAGUGCCGAUGAAUUCGCAGCUGACCAGAAUGAUAAGGACGAUGUAUUCCAGUCCACCCAGUCAUGGUGCACGGAUCGUCAGCACGGCCCUCAACAAUCCAGCCCUCUUUGCACAGUGGAAAGAUCACAUCAAGACAAUGAGUGGACGCAUCUUUGAGAUGAGACAGAUGCUGUACCAGCGUCUUCAGGCACUGGGCACACCCGGAAAAUGGAACCACGUCAUCGACCAGAUUGGCAUGUUCAGUUACACGGGCCUCGGACCCAACCAGGUGGAUUUCCUGCUCAAGAAGUACCACAUCUACGCCAUGAAAUCAGGCCGCAUCAACAUGUGCGCCAUCACCACCAAGAACGUGGACUACAUUGCCAAGGCCAUCCAUGAAGCAGUCACCACCGUGGUGGAAGACCCCAAGCUGUAAAACAAACAAGUCUUGGGCCGCGUCCCGAUCUCUCAUUGUCAUGGUCCUUGCUCGUCACAACUGCAUGGAAACAAGCGGGCAAAAGAUGUAGCCGUAAGCCCGUUUUGGGGACACGGCCUUACAAGGCUGUAUGAGCAGAAAUUGUAAUUCAUUCAGCUCAGGUGUAGAGAAUACUGUCCAUGAUUGUAGUCAGUACAUUUAUCAAAUUUGGUGCUGUGUCCCCUUGAUUUUUUCCUGUUUCAAUUUGCAUGGUUUUCUAGUCUCUGAUUUGUAAUAAGUGCCAGCUUUCUUUUGUGGGUGAUUCAAAAUGGCUUAACAGAAACAGUCACAUGGGCACGGCUGCAGUUGGCACAAAAUAAAAAAUGCUUUAAUUAUCUAUAAAACACAGCUUGAUUUUAAAAAGUUUGAAUACAAAUUUACAGAAACCACAAUAAACUACAAAUUUACAGAAACUAUGACUACUUUAAAUUUACAGAAACUACGAUAAGUGAUUGACAACAUGCUUGCGAAAUUGGUGAAAUUGGUGGUGGUGAGGGAAAAUCUAAGAAGGGUAAUGUUGUAACUGAUGUAGUUUGCCAAAGUUCAGUUCUGUGAGUAAAUUGGUGGAGGUUUAUUGCUAGUCUAGAUGUUACUUUGCAGCUGUGAUAAGAGAAUUUUGUUGCCACAACUGAAGUACGUAAACGCUUGAUUUGGUUUGAUGCACAGACAAUGCAGUAAAAUCAACUGAUUGGGCAUUUCACAUGAAAGAUGAUAUGCCAUUGCCUCUGAAUCAAGUCUAACAGUGGACAGUUGGAAGGGGGUUCUGUAAUGGGAGCCUUUUGAGACGGUGGUGGCAGCAAACAUACUGUCCUUUUCAAUUGUUUACGUCGUGUUAAAGCUAAAGCACACAUGCUCAAUAUGACGCAAACAAUGGAAAAAGGACCGGUGUGUCUGCUGCCACCAACGUCUGAAAAGUCUCCAAUUUGCAUGUAAUUGUGCCAGAACUUGGAAAUGUGCUGUGUCGAAAUACGUGAGUCCACCAAAUUUGUGCAGUGAAUUGCCAAGAGCUGAUUUAAGACGUCCGAUAUAUUCAUAUUUUAUCUUGAUUUGAGUAUAAUAUUAACUUGAUUUUAUCAUCCCUCGCUAUGACAAAAAAAUACGGCAAGUCUUGUUAAGCGGGUCUCAGAUGAGCGCACAAGAAUCUGUUCACUCAAUUCAGAAUAGCUAUUCACUGGAUGCAUGUGGCCUACUAAAUGGGCCAAAUUUUGCCCAUUGGAGUAAUCCUAUUUUUUGGGCCAAGGUAAGACUUAAGCACGUCUAAUUCACAAGUGACUGUCAGUCAGUCAGGCAGGUACAAAGAGGACUAUAGGCCGGCCUUCUGGGACCAGCACAAACUUGUUAACAAGACCUUGAAGAAUUAUUAUGAAUUUUCUUAUAACAGGCUUUUGUUUAUCAUGCCAAUUUAACUAGGAAUUGUGUGUAGGAUUCUGUGUCGGAUAUGACAGCAACACCAGAAAGUAAUGCACAAUGUAUUGGAAAUUUUAGCAAAGACAAUUUCACUAGUGAAAAUCAACUUCAGUGUUAUUAAACGUGUGAGUACCAAUUACUAAGUGUAUUGCUGCCCAACAUGUAUUUCUAUUACGUUUUAAAGUAUUUUUAUCCAAUAAGCAAUAAUGUGAUAAGUACGUUUUAGUACAUUUUAAUACAAAGGUGAAAAAAACUUUAAAUGGGUGGGACUCGAACCCGCGACCUCUUGCUUACCAGUGCAGAUAUAACAAACGCACUUACCAGAAGCAGUUGGCUUAUUGGAGGGACCACAAUCGACGACAUUCUAUUUACAGGUUUUUGACAAAUAUUCCUUUACAUGCUUUCAAAAACAAAAAUUGAUCAGUACACACAUACACUUUUACCAUAACUAUCUAGGCAGGUUUAGCCAGAAACUCUCUUGGAUCCUCGUAGAUCAUUCAUCUCCACUGUGCAGACCAUAGUGGCAAGGGCCACCAAAUUCCACCUUUUCUCAAAACUUCAGAAACUAUCAAAUUAACCGGUGCGUUAUGAGCAUGGUCUUGGAGGGGGUAGGGUUAAAGUCGGUGAAGGGCUGAAGCACUCCAAUCCUAUCAAAAUGCAGUAGUUAUCAAGUGUGCCAAAGAGAACGUGUUUUACAUGUAACGUAUUAACUUGUUAAUAGUUUUUACUUGCAGCUUUGGCUUCAUUUCCAUAGAUUUCUGCAUUAUGUUGCCCAAUAGGCUGUGCUACGUCUGGCCAAAGUUCUUCUAUGGUAGUUUAGCUACCCCCAGUCUUUCACCCAAACUCCGCCCCUUAUUACUGGAAUUACAUACAUGUACUUGAGAUGCAAUGAUUAAUUGCUGUGGAAUGUUGUGGAAUAUUAAUAUAGAGAUGUGAUAAUAUGAAUAUGCCGAAUAAAGUAUGCGAAUAUAACGAAUGUUUGCAUUGUAAAAGG